AAAAAAAAAAAAUCCCGCUCCCCUCUGAUUUGAAAUUUUUUUCUCUCUCUAAAACACGCACAGUUUCUCAUUCUAGAGCGCAGGGAGGGAGGGACGUUUACUGUUGUGUUGUUCAGUAGCAGACAGAGAGAGAAAGAGGUAAGUUAUCGGAAAUGGCGACGAAUAUUGGAAUGAUGGACUCGGCUUAUUUCGUCGGGAGAUCAGAGAUCUUGACGUGGAUCAACUCCAUUCUAAAACUCAAUCUCUCCAAAGUCGAAGAGGGAUGUUCUGGUGCGGUUCACUGCCAGCUUAUGGAUGCGGUUCAUCCCGGAAUCGUGCCGAUGCACAGGGUCAACUUCGAUGCGAAGAACGAGUACGAUAUGAUACAGAAUUACAAAGUUCUUCAAGAUGUCUUCAACAAACUCAAGAUCACCAAGGUUGAUUUCUUAAUUUAUGCUUCUAGGGUUUCAUUUGUUUCCUUGGAAAAAGUUCUUCAUAUUGAGGUAAACAAAUUAGUGAAAGGAAGGCCUCUUGAUAAUCUGGAGUUCAUGCAAUGGUUGAAGCGGUACUGUGAUUCAGUUAAUGGACGCGUUCUACACAGUUACAAUCCUUUGGAAAGGAGAGAGGCUUCAAAAGGAGGAAAAGAUGUGAACAAGAAAUCUACAUCAUGGCAGCCUUCGACCAGAUCUUCAACAGCUGCUCCCAAAACUCAGACCUCCCACAACACUCGAAGGAAUGAUGUCAACGCUACAAAUCAAUCUGUUAAGGCCUCAAGACCUUCUUCAAGCGGAGGACCUGCAUAUAAUGAGCAGAUCGCAGAGUUGAAGUUGUCAGUGGACAGUCUAGAGAAAGAGAGAGACUUCUACUUUGCGAAGCUGAGGGAUAUUGAGAUCUUGUGCCAGUGUCCUGAGAUUGAAAAUUUAGCUGUUGUCGAAGCAAUAAAGAGGAUAUUGUAUGCUACAGAUGAUAGUACAUCGGUGGUGGCAGAAGCUCAAGCCAUGAUAUCCCAGUACCCAAAGAAACCUCAGCUUUUGAGUCCUAUUUCAGAGGUGCCAGAAGAUGUGCCCAAAUCAGAUAAUCAGAAGAGGAAAAAUAUUAUUAAUGUUGAAGUUGAUUCUGUUGCCAACACUAUGUUGUCCCCAAGGCAAAGGAUUUCUGAUGCGUCUGAUGUCCAUUGCAGCGGAUCACCCCUUGUGACGUACUGAUCUUCUCAUUUUACAGAGUUCAGUUGGUCUCUUAGGGUACAUGCUUGGUGUAUAAUUCUAAGUUUAUGUUGUGCUACUCAGAUACAUACACGCCACUUGGUCUAUUAAGUAUUGGAUUUUUGAACAUAUUGGUUGAACUCAUCAUGGGUAGUAGAUUUUAUAUUGAAAAAAGAUUUUGGUAA